CUCCAAUCAUCAGCAUCUCCCUCCAAGUGGUCGAAGAUAUUCAUUCAGGAACUCUCAUGCCACCUCAUAUGUGGUUGCAAUGCAAAAGUGAUUUUAACGCAGUGUGGCAACGAAUAUAAAGAUAUUUCUUUCUGUUAGAACGAAGUUUUAUUUAAGACAACCAUCUCAAGUGCUACUUUUGAACCAGCACAUUCCGCAAAAUUUAUCCCUGAAGACGCCAAGGUCAUGUGUUCAUAGUGACGUACAUUGUUAUCGAUAAUGGCUGAAGCGCGUCAAGCCGUGGGAUUUCAGUUCUCCGUGACCCAUGAUGGGAACUUGAACAUCAAUUUUGACCGAGAGGUCUUGAAAUUGAUCUACCAUGCUGUGGAACGUGGUUACAAAAAGCGCUUUGCCCGCCUCCUGAAUUCGCUGCAUAAUGGGAUCUUUCCUUUUGGACCGUACAUCCUCAUUGGGAACACGUUAGUUCUCACGGUGCUCCACCUGGCGGGAUUGGAUUUCUUCUUUGGCAUCACGCAAACCAUCCUCCAGGGACUUAACUUCCAAGGAGUUCUUUGGCUAGUGUCCUGCCUCGUUUCAGCAAUCCUGGGAUCCCUCUUGACUGUGAGUGUGGUUCGAUUCCUCUUAAGGCUUUUGUUCUCUUACACGGGGUGGAUAUACAUGAGCCGUGAUCAAUUGCGAAAUCCUCCAAUCCUGAUCAAAUUAUGGAUGUUGAUUAUCAAAGGGUUGAUCUCGAUCAGACUGAUUGGGAAGGAAAUCAGUCCGGGACAUGCCAUGUUACGCAGCUAUCAAGGAGCCUUACCAUCUUUACCUCUUCCAUCUGUUCAAGAUACCAUCUCCAGGUACUUGGAGAGCGUCACGCCAAUAUUGAGCCCUGAAGAACUCCGAGAGAUGAAGGCCUUGGCCGAAGAUUUCAAAGAGUCCCUAGGGCCCCGAUUACAAAAGUACCUCUGGAUUAAGAAGCUCUGGUCUGAUAACUAUGUCUCGGAUUGGUGGGAAGAAUAUGUUUACCUCAGGGGACGAUUGCCUUUAAUGAUCAAUUCUAAUUACUACGCUGUCGAUGCCAUCUUUAAUCAACCCACCACCAACCAGUCAGCAAGAGCUGCAAAUGUGAUCCACUCGGCCUUCUCCUUCCGGCGGCUUUUGCAAAAACAAGCACCUGCCCCGCUGAUGGUACAACAGUUUAUACCCAUGUGCAGUAAUCAAUAUGAAAGAACUUUCAACACAACUCGAGUCCCCGGUGAAGUCGCGGAUACCCUAGUGCAUUACGAUGACUCCACGCACGUCGUCGUUGCUUACAAAGGCCGUUAUUAUCGGGUGGGAUGCUACCAUGAAGGUCGUCUGCUGGAUCCAGCAGAAAUUCAAUAUCAGAUCCGAGGAAUAUUAAACGAUAAGAUUCAUGAAGAUGAUGGGGAAAGGUUACUUGGGGUCAUGACUGCUUCCAAUCGUACGAUCUGGGCCAAGUUCAGGUCGGAUUUUUGUUGCCUAGGAGUCAAUAAGAACUCACUAAAAGUGAUUGACACGGCAGCUUUUGUUGUGGUCUUGGAUGAUUAUGAUUAUGAUUAUAACCCGGAGGAUCCAUCCCAAUUGAACCACUUUGGCCGAAUGAUGCUUCAUGGGAAGGGCCAUGAUCGAUGGUUUGACAAGUCAUUUUGCCUGAUUGUGGGACAAAAUGGAAGAGUAGGACUCAACGCUGAGCAUUCUUGGGCUGAUGCUCCAGUUGUUGGGCACUUGUGGGAGUACAUACUUGUCAACGACUCACAAGUCUUAGGCUAUGAUGGCAACGGCAAUUGCAAAGGAGUUGUCUGUACUCCACCUCCCAGUGCCAUUAAGUUACGAUGGAUGUUUCCAACGGAGGCCAUCAACGUCAUGGAAAAGUCACUGACCAUCGCUGAAGCUAUGAUCGACGACUUGGAUUUGUACAUCUUGCCGUUCUUCAAAUUUGGCAAAGGCGCGGCCAAGAAAUGCAACUUGAGUCCAGAUGCUUUCAUUCAGUUAUCGCUCCAACUGACUUAUUUUCGCAAUGCCGGACAAUUUUGCCAAACAUAUGAAGCCUGUAUGACACGAUUGUUCCGUGAUGGCCGCACCGAAACCGUCCGACCUUGUACAAAUGAGGCUGCUGCUUGGGUUCGAGCCAUGGAUGAUCCCAAUAAAGAUAAUCAAGCCAAACUUGAUCUGCUGAAAUUGGCGUGCGCCAAGCAUCAAAAGAGUUACCAAGAUUGCAUGACGGGUAAAGGUGUGGAUCGCCAUCUGUUUUGUCUCUACGUGGUGUCCAAGUACUUGGAAGAAAAGUCGCCAUUCCUUGAGAAAGUGUUAAGUGAGCCGUGGCGGUUGAGCACAUCGCAAACUGCGGUCCGCGGGGAAUUUCUGGACAUUCGGAAAUAUCCAGACCUGAUUUCUUGUGGUGGAGGUUUUGGGCCCGUGGCUGAUGACGGAUACGGCGUAUCUUACAUUAUCAUUGGAGAAGAUCGCAUCUUUUUCCACGUAUCGUCGAAAAAAAGUUGCCCAACCACUAGCUCAAGCCGCUUUGCUGAAAUGUUGGGACAAUCUUUGACAGAUGUGAAGAAUUUGUUCGAUGACAGCAAAUAAUAUAACCGGAUUCAAGUAGUCUUGCAUUUUAUAUUGAAGCCAUUCAUUGCAAAUAAAGAUCGAUUUCUAAUA